ACAAAGUUGCGGAAAAAUCAUCGCCGCCAUUGAUUUGGAAACUCUGGAAACGGUGUAGCGGGUUCUCUGUCGCAAGCUGAUCGCCGUAAAGUUUUAUUUUGUGGCAGCAACCACUGACAGCCGCUGCAGAAACCCGCCUUUCUCCAAUGCCCCGAAGAGCCAAGCGGAGACGACAGUGCACUUGAAUCGCCGCCGCAACAAGCUCAGCCAUGAAACAGGGUUGCGGCGAUCCGCAAACCGUGCGCGUCGACGGCAAACACGGUUCGGCCCCAAACCGGACCAUCUUGGGAACUUCCUGCCUACUUCUCCCGAAAUAAUCGCCCGGUACGUCGGGGAAGAAAAUAGAAAAUACGCGACACUCGCAAUGGUCGAAGUGCUGCCGAUCAUCGUGUGCGGGACCAUCCUUCACAUCGCCGUCGGAGAGGAGACCGAGGAGGGAGUCCUCCCCGCCCGGGAGGGGGAGGGCUCUUCGAGCUGCGUGGACCGCCUGGGGGGCCUGGUGGGGCACGGGGACCGCUACACGCCCCGGGGCAAGGACCCCUGCGAGCGGUGCACCUGCCAGCGGGGGCGCCCCGACUCGUGCUCCAUCACCUCGUGCUACCCGCCCGCCCAGUGCCACGCCCCCUAUCUGCGGGGCUCCGGGGAGUGCUGCGACUAUGCCUGCAACGGGACCACCCUGGGCUCGCCCGACGGCUCGGACGUUCUGAGUGCCACUAACCUGGGCCUGCGGCUGGUGGCCAGCACAGUCACCUCCUUCCUCAUCCUAGCACUGUUGCUCUUCAUGAUUCAUCGGCUGCGCAAGCGGCGCCUGCUCGUCAUGAUACGCAGGCUGAACGGCUGCCGGGCGGCGGCAGACCUGGAGGACGCCUGCCUGGCGCGGCAAUUGGCGCUGGACGAUCGAGGGGGCUUCCUGGUGGGGCGUGAGCACCUGGCCCUGGGGCUGGGUGGCCUCUGCCCGGACCCCCCGCCCCCCUACAGCUUCUGGAAGCCCCCCGAGGCCUACGUCCCGCCCGGGGAGGCUCCGCCCCCGUACGAGGCCCCCCCGAUGCCUCCGCCCCUGCCGCCGCAUGACGACGCCCACCAGCCGUGCGACCAGGUAUCGAGGAUCACGCAGACGACGCCCCCUCUGUGCGAGGCGGCCUCCUCCUCGAGCAGCAGCAGCGAGGGGGCGGAGCCCGGGGGCGUGGCCGACCGCCAGAGGGCCAUCCGGUCGGACGCCUACUACGAGGACGGGCCCCACGUCACGGUGGUCCGGGUCGGGGAGGCCGAGGGCGGCCGGCCCCACGGCCGCGUGCUCUCCCAGUGCGAGCCCCACGGGCGCCGACUCGUGCAGGACGGCGAAAAGCGGCUCAGCCUCCAGGGCCCCGCCGUGUCCCAGAGCAACGGCAAUGCUCAGUACCCGGACCCGACAUCGUGGCACGGGGAGGGGGAAGGCGGCAGCGAGACCACCUCGAGUGGCAGUGCGAGUCCAGAGGGCCGCCCUGGCGCCUUCAGCCCCACCACGAGCGAGUCGAGCGCUUCCGGCGAUGUCAACGAGGUCGCCGCGAGGGCCUCGGCAAACGCCCGGCCGACCAAGGCCCGGCGUUCCCUCGACCGCACGCUGCAGCAGCUCCGGCGCUUUUCCAUCCCGCGCAAGAAGAACACCGCCAAGGAGCCGGGGGAGGGCCUCUCGGGAGCUUGUUGCUUCAGCCACGGGUCGUCCUCCGCAGACGCCGACGGGAGGGUUCGCACAGUGCCGAGAGACCGACGCACCGAAGCCGAUGGCUCCACCCGCGGGAGGCCGUCGCUGUCGUCCGAAGACGUUGUGAAGGUGAAGAAAGGAGGCAAAAGGGCGCUGCUGUUUACGUCGUCCCGAGACGGUUCCGUCGGAAGGAAAGGCCGGCGCGGAGAUGGCGCCAACGGCGACGCCCUGGCCCACCGCGAGUGCCGGGACGGCCGGCCGGACUCGCUGGAACUCCCCACGGCGACCUCAACGCUCAAGGGUCGUUCUGCCGUCCCCGUCACGAUAACGGUGAAGUGCAGGCCCGUGCGGACGGAGUGCGUGCCGUCUCCUCGCACCGAGGAGCGCGGGUCAUCGCGGUCUUCGUCUGUGUGCUCCGAGACGGGCGAGCGAAGGCUGAGGACGCCAGAGUCCCCCUCCGCGGCCGACGGGGGCUCGGAGCGCGUCGCCGCUGUGCAGUCGUACGGAGAAGCUUCGGCGGGGCGGGUGCCGCGGCAGAGCGUUGCGCGUCACGUGGCGCGCCUCGAGGCAGAAGGAUUCAGGCCGCCCGACGCUUCUGCACCUCGGAGGCAAGGCCGUGGGGACAGGCCGCACUGCCAGGGGCACGAGUCGUAGCGCUCGUGGCGUGCCUGAGCGGGGACUGUGCCUCAACUUGACUUCUCUGUAUUUUUCGUCGUUGUAAAUGUUCUCAUUACGGAGACGGGUCGUGUGCUGCGCCGAUUUCGUUUUGUGGUACAUACGAGAAUCUUGUACCAGGACCAAGUUAGUGUGAUGAAAUUUGUCGCUUCGAACAAAGUCUGCUCUUCAAGACAGUGAUGCUCAAGGACGAUUUUGUCGCAGAAACGCGACCAUCCAGUGCGUCGUAGGUGUUCUUAAUCCCCCGAGGAAACCUUAGGUCAUGUAAUCCCCCGGGUAUUUAUCUGUGGUAGCGUGUCUAGAGGUUGUUUUUAGCAUUCCUCAAAAGGGUGUUAAAAGACCCUGGUUUUGUGACCCUCACCUAGCUCUUAAAAGUGUAGGUGUUGCUUGACAUUUGGUAUGCCUCUUCACACAUUAUUUUGACGUUUUUGUUUUUUAUCAGUGUGCUUGGAUGGUCUCUUUACUAGCAUCCUCACUCCAGAAAUGAAGCAAGUUCCACACUCGUUUCGUAGGUGGAGCUACCGUAGUCAUAAAAAUACUGUCGAAUUGUGUUUAUUUUUCUAAAGGUAUUGGUUAAACCCUUAUUCCAGUGGCUUCGUACAAAGCCAAGUCACAAAUGCAUCUUCCUCGUUUACCAUCUAAGGCUUCCUUUAAAAGUCUGCCAACUUAUGCAUUGUGGAUGAUGCAUUGUGAUUGAUGAUUCGGAGUGCAUUGUACAUGGUCAUCGUAAAUCAAGUAUUAUUGCCAGCAUUCCAGAAAUAAAUUGUUUUUGAAAGCAGA